GUUCCUGGCAUUGACGGAGCUUUAACAGAUACCAGUCUGACAGAUUCCUACUUCAGCACCAGCUUUAUCGGAAUGAAUGGAUUUGGAAGUCCUGCGGAAGCAAAUUAUCCUCGAAUGCAGCGAAUGACAAACAGCAGCAGUUCUCCAAGCCUUCUCAAUGACAGUGCCAAGCCAUACACAGGUCAUGAUCCUUUAGGCUCUCCAGCUUCCACACUGUUUAAUGACUUUGCUGGUCUCAGCAUUUCUCAAAGACGAAAGACUCCUAACCCUACUGCCAGCGAGUUUAUUCCCAAAGGAGGAUCAACGUCGCGAUUGGGUAACAUGUCCCAGUCCAACAUGUCUGCCUUCUCCCAAGCGCUGUUCUCUCACCCCUCUAUGGGAGGGCCUACUUCAGCUGCCCUUGCUCCAGGGAUGUCGCUGUCUGCUGGGUCCUCCCCUCUGCAUUCCCCUAAUAUCACACCACAUACUUCUCCUGCCCCACGGCGGCGAAGUCACACACCCAACCCAGCUACUUACAUGGUGCCGACUAGUGCCUCAACACCAGUUACUAACUCCGUUUCUCAGCCCCCAUCUGCAGGACAGGUUAUCCAGAAGGAGACUGUUGGGGGAACCACCUAUUUCUACACGGACACCACUCCAGCACCUCUCACGGGAAUGGUGUUCCCAAAUUAUCACAUUUACCCUCCUGCUGCUCUCUCAUGUGGCUUACAUGCAGCCAAAAGCAAAUGCACCUUCCUUCUUCAUGGCCGAUGAGCUCAGGCAGGAGUUAAUUAAUCGUCACUUAAUAACAAUGGCUCAGAUUGAUCAAGCAGAUAUGCCAGGUGUACCUGCAGAGGUUGACAGUUACCACAGCCUUUUUCCACUGGAACCACUGCCCCCUCCUAACCGAAUACAUAAGACAAGCAACUUUGGAUACAUUACAUCAUGCUACAAAGCUGUAAACAACAAGGAUGAUCUGACCUACUGUCUGAGAAGAGUUCAUGGCUUUCGUCUGGUGAACACAAAAUGCAUGUCUUUAGUGGAUACAUGGAAAAAAGUCCAACAUUCGAAUAUCGUUACCUUACGAGAAAUGUUUACAACCAAAGCAUUUGGAGAGCAUUCCUUGGUUUUUGCAUAUGACUUCCAUGCUGGAGCGGAGACCAUGAUGAGCAGGCAUUUUAAUGAUCCCAGUGCAGAUGGCUAUUUUACCAAGAGAAAGUGGGGCCAACAUGAUGGUCCAUUGCCUCGUCAACAUGCUGGAUUGUUACCAGAAUCCCUCAUUUGGGCAUAUAUUGUCCAGUUAAGCUCGGCAUUGCGAACCAUUCACACAGCAGGACUAGCAUGUCGUGUUAUGGAUCCGUCUAAAAUUCUCAUCACUGGGAAAACCAGGUUACAUGUCAACUGUGCUGGAAUCUUUGAUGUUUUAACCUAUGAUGGUAGUCAGAGUAAUCCUGUUGCUCUGAUGCCUCAGUAUCAACAAGCUGACCUGAUCUCCUUGGGAAAAGUGGUACUGGCAUUAUCCUGCAACUCUCUGGCGGGUAUUCAGCGGGAGAAUCUGCAGAAAGCCAUGGAACUUGUGAACAUCAAUUAUUCCUCUGACUUAAAAAAUCUUAUUUUGUACUUACUGACAGACCAAAACCGUCUGCGCAGUGUAAAUGACAUCAUGCCAAUGAUCGGUGCUAGGUUUUACACUCAGCUGGACGCUGCACAAAUGCGCAAUGAUAUCAUAGAGGAGGACCUGGCCAAGGAGGUUCAAAAUGGGCGUUUAUUCAGGCUCCUGGCAAAGUUGGGAACAAUAAAUGAGAGACCAGAAUUUCAAAAAGAUCCUGCUUGGUCAGAAACAGGGGACAGAUACUUGCUGAAACUCUUUAGGGAUCAUCUUUUCCAUCAGGUGACAGAAGCAGGAACGCCCUGGAUUGACCUUAGUCAUAUCGUCUCUUGUCUUAACAAGUUGGAUGCUGGUGUGCCGGAAAAAAUUAGUCUAAUUUCCAGGGAUGAGAAGAGCGUACUUGUGGUAACUUACAGUGAUCUAAAACGCUGCUUUGAAAAUACGUUUCAGGAACUGGUGGCAGCCGCGAAUGGACAGUUGUAG